CUCCCGCGGUCGACCUUCCAUUACAUUUCCAUUAGCAGCCCCACGCUACUCGCUUGCCCCCUCGUGGUCACCCGCUGCCAACUUUUGCGAGCCCGCACCGUGUAGCCCUUCCCUCUACAGUCCUGCUAGAACAGCGCGUGCCCCGGGCUUCCUGCGGGACUCUGCGCCAGGCCCAAGGGGGCGACGCCUGAAAAUAAAUCUGAACAGGUGUCCCCGGGAGAGGAUUGGGGGGCAGCUAGAGCCGGGCUUGUAGGGGAGAAGCCACGGGCCGGGGCGAUGGCCGAGUCGCAUCCCCGCAGUGAGGCAGCUGCGGCUGCCGAGGUCGCCGCGGAGGACUACAACAGCAAGUGUGUCUUCUGCCGGAUCGCGAGGCAGAAGGAGCCCAACACCGAGCUCCUGUAUUGUGAGAAUGAAGACUUAGUUUGCUUCAAAGAUAUCAAACCGGCUACAACUCAUCACUAUCUUGUGGUGCCAAAGAAGCAUAUUGGAAAUUGCAAAGAUCUAAAGAAAGAUCAAAUAGAACUGGUUGAGAGCAUGGUAGCUGUAGGAAAAACCAUUCUUGAAAAGAAUAAUUUCACCGACUUUGAAAAUGUGAGAAUGGGUUUCCACGUACCGCCAUUCUGUUCUAUUUCCCACUUACACCUUCAUGUUCUGGCACCAGUAGAUCAGCUUGGCUUCUUUUCAAAGUUGGUUUAUAGAAUGAAUUCCUAUUGGUUUAUUACAGCUGAUUACUUGAUUGAAAAACUGAGAACAUGAACCUGUUUACAGUGGAAGAUUUCUCUAAUUUUGGCACAUUAUAAACUAAUAUUUGGGCCCCACUGAAGUCUUAAUUUUAAUUGUAAGGUUCAUUGGGAUUUAUGAGAAGCUAUACUGGGUAGCCUUAAGUCUUUUUAAAAUAUAUGUUUCCUGAGAUUUGUGAUGUAACUCCAUGAAUAUUUUUCCAUUGACUUCUUUGUUUUAAUGAUUGCUGUCUAAGGUGUAAGAUCUAUAGAUAAAAUUUGUUAAAUCAAUUUCAGGUAAUCAAGCAUGGCCUAUAUUGUGGUGUUGGGGCCCUAGUGCAUGGUAGUGGAGAAGGACCUAGGCUGAGGCUGGGAGUGUUUAGUGGAUAUCUAUCACAAGGAAAUGAGAGGUUUUACCUAUGUGUCAACAACUGUACUAUGGCAUGUUAACCCCUCAAUAAAACUGAAAAAAGGUCAAAAUAUUUUCAUCUCUUGGUAGUCUAUUAUAAUAGUGAUUAAUUUAUGUAGAAUAAGCUGGUAUAGGUAGUACUUCAAUAGAGCCUUUAUAACCAUGAAGAAAAAAAAGCCAUUAAUGAUUUCAUGAAAAGUCUAAUUAUUUGUAAAACCUAUUGUUAAAUCCCAAUAAUUGAAAUUGUUAAAUCCCAAUAAUUGAAAUUCACCAAGUCUCAUCAGUAGUUUUAUUUCAUAACUUUAGCUACUUAUAAAGAGUAGCUCAACAAAAAACUAAUUUAUAACUUGUCUUACUAUUUAAAGUAGUACUGAAAGCAUUAAACAUACUUAUUGUGGUACUGUUCGUAAUUGAAGAGUUGUAAGAUUGUUAAUGAGCUAUUACUUGGGUAAAAUUCCUUGCUUACUUAGUGAAAGCUAAAUAAAGAUACAUAAUACUAAGUCACCUUUUUUUUUCUUGGAUACUUUUAUGACUACAUAUUUUUUUAGAACAGUUUUAAGUUCACAACAAAAUUAGGAAGGUACAGAGAUUUCUCACGUACACUUUACCCCAACACAUGCUUAUCCUCUGCCAUUAUCAACAUCCCCUACCAAAGUGGUUAAGUUUGUUAGAAUUGCUAAACCUAUGUUGACAUAUCAAAAUAACCCAGAGUCCAGUAACCUAAAGGUUUUACUCUUAGUAGUGAUCAUCCUGUCAACUUGCCUCAAUGCAUAAUGAUGUGUAGCCAUCAUUAUAAUGUCACACAGUAUUUUCACUGCCCUAAAAAUUCUCUGGACUUUGCCUUUUCAUUCCUUCCCAAGGAACCCAUAACAACCAUUUAUCUUUUUAAUAUAUGCAUACAUUUGUCUUUUCCAGACUGUCAUACAAUUAGAAACAUACAAUAUGUGACCUUUCCAGAUUGAAUACUUUGACUUAGAAAUAUUCACCUUAAGUUUCCUUCAUGUCUUUUCAUGACAUGGUAACUUUACCACAUUUAUUGCUGAAGAAUAUUUCAUUGUAUGCAUGUUCCAGUUUACCUACUGAAAAACACAGGUUACUUACAAGUAUUGGCAAUUAUGAAUAAAGCUGCAAUAAAUACCUGCAUAGAGUU